AUGGGUAGAAGAUCCGGUCUGGUAAUCAGAAUCGGGAAGCCUGAUACUGUUCUGAUGGAGUUGGCAAAGGCCAUAGGUGCCGACACCAUUUAUGCGCACAUAGAGGUUUCAGGGUUUAAAGUUAAGGAGGAGGAGAAGAUCGAGGCGGCAAUGAAAGAGGAGAAUAUGGAGGUUAAGUAUUUUUGGGGAAGCACUCUGUACCACGCGCAGGAUUUGCCAUUUAAGUUGGAGGAUAUGCCGACGAAAUACGGUGAUUUUAGAGAGAAGGUGAAAGGAUUAGAGGUGAGGAAGACGAUUGAAGCUUUGGAUCAGAUGAAGGGUCUGCCCUCAUGA